GUAUCGUCGCUCCCGACGCGUAUUUAAUAUCCCCUGUCCUGUGCAUGCCAGGAAUCGGGUUCGCAUUUCUAAUGAGACGGAAUUGACAAAAGCGUGAGAGCAUUUUGAAAGAAAACGAGAAGAAAACAAGCUAGCCUUUUUCUCUGCUCUGGAAGCUCAUUAUUCCUCCAGCCCCUCGGUCCGAAAGGGAGGAUUUUUUCAUUCCUUUUUUUUCUCACUCUCCCCCCAGAGUUGAGCUGGCAAUCCCCUCCCUCUUCUACAAACCCGGAGUGUGAGAGACCUUCUCUUUUCUCUCUCUCUCACUCACUCACUCACUCACUCAGAGCUCACAACGCCUCCCCUCCUGUCCUAUCCGUUUUCUCACUGGUUCUUUCAGUUCUCCGCUCCCCCUGUUCCCUCCUCUCCUACGCCGGUCUCCCGGGUUCGCGUUCUCUGCCACUACCUAACCCGAGCGUUUUCCCUCGCUGUGAAUAAUUGAAAAAAAAAAAAAAAAACUUCGGCGGAAAGAUACAAACAAAAAGAAAUUAAAGCAUUCGCGCUGAGAACGAAAGACUCGUGGUCCCGCGCGGAGCCGGUGGGGGCGUGGCCUGAGUGUCGGACGGUGCGUGCAGCGCGGCAGGAGCGGUGCGGGGGCGCGGAGUGGCGCGGCGAGCGACGGCCAUGGCGCAGAGCGACGGCGGGAACCCGCGGCCCCGCGGCCCGUUCCAGCGGCUGAGGCGGGACGUCCAGCUGCGCUCGCAGAGGGUCCGCAAGGCCGCGGAGAGCAUCACCAGGGACGACGUCAAGGGCUUCCUGCGACGGAACGGCUUCGUCCUCUUCACCAUCGCCGCCGUCAUCAUCGGAAUUCUGUUGGGUUUCGCCCUGCGGCCUUACAAGAUGUCGUACCGUGAGGUGAAGUACUUCUCCUUCCCUGGGGAGCUGCUCAUGCGUAUGCUGCAGAUGCUGGUGCUCCCCCUGCUGGUCUCCAGUCUCAUUACAGGCAUGGCGGCACUGGACAGCCGGGCGUCGGGGAAGAUGGGCAUGCGGGCGGUGGUGUACUACAUGACCACCACGGUCAUCGCCGUCUUCAUCGGCAUCAUCAUGGUGCUGAUCAUCCACCCGGGCAAGGGCUCCAAGGACGAGUUCAAACAGCAGCAGAAGAUCGAGCAAGUCAGCCCGGCCGACGCCUUCCUGGACCUCAUCAGAAACAUGUUCCCUCCCAACCUGGUGCAAGCCUGCACACAGCAGUUCAAGACGCAGUACGGCAAGCGGGUGGUGCUGGUGACGGUGACGGUGAACGACACGAUCUUCAACCUGACCAACAGCACGCAGGAGAUCUCCCGGGAGGAGGUGAUCCCCAUCCCCGGCGCGGUCAACGGGGUCAACGCGCUGGGCCUGGUGGUCUUCUCCAUGUGCUUCGGCCUCAUCAUCGGCAGCAUGAAGGAGGAGGGCCAGCCGCUCCGGGACUUCUUCGACUGCCUCAACGAGGCCAUCAUGAGGCUGGUGGCCAUCAUCAUGUGGUAUGCUCCCAUUGGUAUCUUGUUCCUGAUCGCGGGGAAGAUCGUGGAGAUGGAUGACAUCACGUCGAUGGGCGGGCAGCUGGCCAUGUACACCAUCACGGUCAUCAUCGGCCUGUUCAUCCACGCCACCUUCGUGCUGCCCACGCUCUACUUCGUCAUCACGAGGAAGAACCCCUUCAUCUUCAUCGCCGGACUGCUACAGGCGCUCAUCACUGCCUUGGGCACGUCGUCCAGCUCAGCCACUCUGCCAAUCACCUUUAAGUGUCUGGAGGAGAACAACAAGGUGGACAAGCGGGUGACGCGUUUCGUGCUGCCCGUGGGCGCCACCAUCAACAUGGACGGCACGGCGCUGUACGAAGCCCUGGCGGCCAUCUUUAUCGCCCAGGUCAACAACAUGGACAUGAACUUCGGCCAGAUCAUCACCAUCAGCAUCACAGCCACCGCCGCCAGCAUCGGCGCUGCCGGGAUACCACAGGCCGGCCUGGUCACCAUGGUGAUCGUGCUGACCUCCGUCGGACUGCCCACCGAUGACAUCACCCUCAUCAUCGCGGUGGACUGGUUCCUGGACCGCCUGCGCACCACCACCAACGUGCUGGGGGACUCCAUCGGGGCAGGGAUCAUAGAGUACCUGUCCCGGCAUGAGCUCCAGACCAAGGACGCGGAGAUGGGCAACUCGGUGGUGGAGGAGAAGGAGAUGAAGAAGCCCUACCAGCUCAUCACCCAGGAGAACGAGUACGAGAACGAGAAGCCUCCGGACAGCGAAACCAAGAUGUAGUGCCCCCCCCCCCCCAUCCCUGCCCUCCCCCAUACCCCCACCCCGCACACCACGUGUCCCAUCAGGUCUUGCUCCUUUAUGGGGAAACUUGGGAACUUCUUUUUUUAUUGUUUUUUGUUUUGUUUUGUAAUUUUUCUUCUGAUUUUCAAGAGCUGCUGUACAGGUGUUAGACAUUUUUUUCAGACAUCUGCUGUUUUUUUGUUUUUUUUCAAGUUUUUUUUAUGUGUUGCUUAACAUUACUUGUAAUGUUCCUGAAGAGCUUAGCUGUGGAAAAGUGGUUCACACAGAAACAAAAAGAAGGAAAAUCUAGUUUUGUGUUUUCCAGAAGUGACACGGAGACCCAUUGUACAGUCUCUGUUUGUCACUGUUAUAGACCGUGGGAUUGUAUAGUCAAGUUCAUCUUUAUCUGUAGCUUGCCAGAGUUUUGAGACCUGUAUACUCGUAAUACUUCUGCUGAAUUCAUUAGGAGCCCCAGGAGUAUGGUUGUGCUAGUAAGUCUUCUCUUCGACAGGGGGGUUCUAAUUAUGGCUUUAGUUAUGUUUUUAUUUUGUUUUUCACUCACCAGCUGGAAAAGGAACCAUCUCUGAAAUGCCAUUUUUUCCGGGGGUGGAUAUUUAAAUGGCUCCUUCGUAUUCAGGGCAAAUGCUGUCAGUCACACUCGAUGCCGAGUGUGAUGCUGCAAUGUGAAGGAUCUGCCCCCGUUAGUGUUACAAAUUUUAUUUUAUCGGUAAACAAACAAACAUUGAUGACUCGGUCCUCAAUAUUUACAUGUGAUGAAACUAAGUUAAUGCUGGAAUAGAAAAAGAGCCUUCGGUUUUUAUUUUUAAUUUUUAUAAGAGAAUAGCGUGGAAGGAUUUGAGUGAGGAUGGGAUGGGAAGAAGGUCAUGGGGAUAUGGAGAACGCAUGGAACUGGACGAUGGAGAUUUUUAAUAAGGUGAUGACAGAAAGCGGAAUUGCAUGUUUCCCACAGGAUUUUGAGAAGUUUGCGCACUAGUACGCGAGAUUGGGCUUGGGCUAAUCAAACAAACGCGGUCCUGCCGGUAAAUUAGUUUGCUGAAUCACGGGCUUUGAUGUCCUGUUGCAGUCAUCAGACCUUUCACGGUCUGGGGCCCUGAAUGGGUUCUCAGUGCCAAGACUGACCUGACUUAAAUUUGUCUGUUACGUAAGAUAAAAACAGUCCUUAGUUAUGUUCAUCGUAUAAGAUUGAGCUAGAGAGGGGAGAAUUUGAAUGGCAGGCUAAAAUGUUGUUCCUUAACUUUAGGGGUGCAAUGAACCAAUCAGGGGUAUGAGCUCUAUGUCUAUGAACCCCAUUUGUUUACCCAGAUUAUACUGAAAAUAGAUUACAGGGCACUUCACUUUUAGGGGAGUCCCAGUCAGUCAUUCCACAAGAUCCAUUUAUCUGAGUAAGUUUCACAAGAUGAAGUUUCCUUUUUGUGAUUUUGAAAAGUUUUCCUUAGAUUUUUGCAUCUUCCUUUUUUUCCCCCACUUGACGCUGUCUUUGCUGCUCUUUUCACCCGUGCUUUAACAUGAGUAGUUUAAUGCUACUUAGCCUGCUGAAGUCCGUGCUGACGUUGCAUCAGGACUGAACUGCUUUUCUUUCUUUUUCCUUUUUCAGCAUUUGUCAGUAAACUGAGCCUUCAAACAAGUGCAACAUAAAAUUGGAAGAUCGUGAUAGAUUAUUCUUUUAUUUUUUAUUAUUAUUAUUUUGCUAACAGAUAAUGCAGUGUAUAGGGAAUUGUGUUGACAAUGUUUAUAUAGAGAAUUUGUAGAUAUUUGUGUAAAUUAACUGUAGAGUAUAUGGAUAAUUGUUUACUUGAGAACGUCUGCUGUAAGUUUGCUGCGGGAAAAAACGAAGAAAAAAAGAAGUUAAUCUCACUCGUGAACUGGACAAGCUGCCCAUCCUAAGUAUUGGUUGACAAAAACCAAACAUUAGCACAAUGUUUUAUGAUUGUUUAAGAACUAACUCUGAUGGAGACUGUGAUUUCUCCCCUUUGUUGUUUUUAUUGUUUUUUUGCGUGAUUCUGACGGUGCGGUCAGUAUGCGAAGGAAGCACAUGACAUUUGGUAUACGAAUAAACACAUACAAACACACAAAACAAAUAGAUAAUGUAUAGAGCUAGAUUUGUCUGGUAAAUAUAGUUUUAAAUAAAAAAAAAUCAAAUGGAAAAAAAUAAAAGCUGUUUUGUCAUCCUUU